CAGGUGCCUCGUUAGCGUUUCAAGGUCCAGGCAAUGACGGCAACAACUCGUAGGUGGGCGUGGGCGGCAGUGUUCCUGGUGACCGCUGGCGUGGUCUGGGCCGCCCCCUCGGACCUCGCGCAGGAAGACUACUUGGAAAUGUUCAAGAAACUGAUGACAGGGGACCAAGAUGAGGCGUUCUUAGACAUCGAGGCCCUUCUGAGGUGCAGCCCAAACGCCACCAGCGGAGUCUUCGGCAUGUGCCUUCCUCUCGCCCACUGCGCCAACACUGGGGGCGUGCCUGCCGGGACCUGCGCAAAGGGCUUCGGCGUUUGCUGUCUCGCCCAACGUACCUGCGGCGAAAGCACAAGCUACACCCACACAAACUUCGUGAACCCCGGGUACUAUGGUUCAGACACGGGGAGCGGCGCCUGCACGUUGACAGUCAACCACGCCAACAAGAACGUCUGUCAAGUGCGCCUCGACUUCAUGGAGCUGGAAUUGGCCCAGCCGGACACCCAUGGCAACUGCAACGUGGAUUUUUUGACCGUGACGGGAGGGGCUUCGUCCGUGCCCAGGAUCUGUGGUUCGAACUCGGGGCAGCACAUGUACAUCGACGUUGACCCAACUUGCAGCGCCCUCAAGGUCACAGUUGACAGGUCGGUGACCCCGCCUGACCUUCGAUGGUGGAAUAUCAAGGUCACUCAGAUUCCUUGCGAUUCUGAGGAUAGAGCACCUACCGGAUGUCUUCAGUACUACACAGAGUCUUCAGGAUACGUCAAGAGUUUCAACUUCGAUCAUUACAAUUCUUUCAAUAGAUCAGUGAACAGCGAGAUCGCCAGACUGAACUACGGCGUCUGCAUAAAACCGGAAGAGGGUUACUGUGGUAUAAUGUGGGAGCGAGUCACUGCCUUCGGGAACAACGCUUUCACACUCAGUGGGAAUGUGCAGGCUACUGAUCCCACUCUUGUCGGCACGGCGGGAGCGGGUGCCACGGGGGCGGCGUGCACGACCGACUACGUGAUCAUCCCGGGCGGCGUCGACAACAACCAGAACUCGGCGGACAGGUUCUGCGGCCUCGGGUUCCCGGACUCCGUCACCUCUACCAUGAAACCCUUUGUCAUGUACGUGCACACUGAUGCAGACGAAUAUUCGGACACUGCAAAUCGUGGUUUCGGCUUGAAGUACCGACAGAUCACCGAUUGUUGUUGAAGUAAUGGUUGUUAUUGGGAGAAUGGGUGGUUAAUGGGUAGGGGAGGGGGUGUAUGGUGUAUGAAAUUUCAUUAGUUCGACAGAUGGAUAGAAGAGAUUAAAAGUAUGAAAAGAAGGAGAGAGAGAGAGAGAGAGAGAGAGAGAGAGAGAGAGAGAGAGAGAGAGAGAGAGAGAGAGAGAGAGAGAGAGAGAGAGAGAGAGAGAGAGAGAGAGAGUCGAGUUCCCGCCUCGACAAAUGACAUCACUUCCGUUAGUGUUCAAUCCUAUUUUAAGAACAAUUAUGGAAGUUUGUGUUUAAAAUUACCCAGUAUGGUGUGGCUUUAAGUUUAAGUUUUUUUCUUGCUUUUUUCGUUGUUGCUUGAUUGUUUGUAUACAUAGGUGACUCCAGAAGUAUUUACGAACGGUUUGUUAAAUUUGUGCGGUCCGAUCCAAUGGAUAUUCAUACAUACACACAAAAUAAAUGCAUAUCUGUCAAUCUUGACACGCAUAUAUACCAGGUAGAUAGGUAGAUAAAUUAUUUACCAGAUAGAAAGGCAGAUAUGCAUCUAUUUAUGUGUAUAUACAUGUCUGCAUAUAUGAACAAUUUAACAUACUGGCCGUUAGACACCUUGAAGUCAAUUCCUAGUUCAAACUAUCUCAACUGUUUAAUCUUUUCCUUGAUUUUCGGUAUAAUUAUUUCAAAUCUUAUAUGUCU